GUCGUGAGCGCCGUUGUUGGCGCGAUCGUGAUUGGAGCAUGCCCCCUAUGCGCGAGCAGGUUACACUGCUUCGAGAUGGUGCUGUUUGUCGUCUCAUUCUUACGCCUGCAAUUAAAUGCAUUUAUGACUGAUUUGAAAGUGGGAAGGGAAAGGUCUGUUUUGCCCCUGACUUUUGUGCUUCUCCAAGGUAGUUACUCAUUCGUUUUUGUUUUUCUUCCCUUUUCCUACCGUUUCCUUUCAUUGCUGCCAAACUAUCCUUGCCCUGUAUCUUCUGCUUCCCUUCGAACUUUCUGGAUUGCAUUGGUCUGCUUCCUGCAAUCGCCUUCCUUUCAAUUUUCCUGCUACUCCUUUGCAAGCAAUUUCUCUGGUAUGGCGCAACUUCCCCUUCCGAGAUCCCCCCAUUGACAGAUAUGACUGGGUUGUUUCGGACGUGAAGAGUACGCCUUCGCAAAUGACACUAGAGGAGUUAACGGACUUCCGCCUCCGUGACCAGCUAUGCGGGGGUGGUGACGAGGAGGGACGCUACGAAGUAUUCGUCCCUGCCGACCACGAACGCCUCUGCCAGCUCAACCUCAACACCCCCCGAAUUGCCGACUGGUUGUGGGUGUACAAAGCGAUGUUCACCGUCUUGGGGGUCCACCUGCCCUUCUCUCCUUUUCAAAUGGCCCUUUUAAACCGAUGCGACGUGACUCCAUCGCAGCUGUAUCCGAAUAGUUGGGCUACUAUUCGGUGCUUCGAAAUGGUUUGCGAGUACCUCGAGUUGCCGGCCUCCGUUGAGGUGUUCUUGUGGUUGUUUGCUUUGACGAACCCUUCAAGGAGGGUAGGCACAAGAAGGGAUUCAUGUCUUUCCGGACUGCUCAAGGGAGACGAAUCUUCGGCACUUUCGAGGAUUCGUUUCAUGGCUUUAAAGAUAAGUUCUUCAAAGUCCGACCUGCCGAGGGAGUGCAUCUUUUUUGGUUAACCUUGGAGGGUGAGCGGCAGAUCCCGACCUACUGGAGCUUCGGGGCCGGAUCCAAUGCUUUUACAAAAAUAACCUAUAAGGGUCUGACUUGGCGGGACAAGAACAUUGCUGACGUGUUGCUGACCAUUUUUAACAAGAACAAUAUUAACCCUCACCUUCUAAUGGGUGAUUGGGAGAUGGGCAGAGGAUAUAUAGGUGAGUGGUCGUCUGGGUUUGUUGUCGUGCUGCCGCUU